CGCGCGGGGCGGGCGGCUCGGCGGAGCGCGGCUCGGCGCCUGCUGCAGCGGCCGCACCCUCGCCCGGCCGGCCCGGCUGCAGGAUGGAGGACUCCCGGGAGACGUCGCCGUCCUCCACCAACUCGUCGCAAGAGCUCAGCUCCGCCCUGCAGCUGUCCAAGGGCAUGUCCAUCUUCCUGGACAUACUGAGGCGAGCAGACAAAAAUGAUGAUGGAAAAUUGUCCUUUGAGGAAUUCAAAGCAUAUUUUGCAGAUGGUGUUCUAAGUGGAGAAGAAUUACACGAGCUCUUUCAUACCAUCGAUACCCACAACACCAACAAUCUUGACACAGAAGAACUGUGUGAAUAUUUUUCUCAGCACCUGGGAGAAUAUGAAAAUGUGUUAGCAGCACUUGAAGACCUGAAUCUUUCCAUCCUGAAGGCUAUGGGAAAAACCAAAAAAGGUUACCAAGAGGCAUCCAAUUUGGAGCAAUUUGUAACUCGGUUUUUACUAAAGGAAACCUUGAACCAACUGCAGUCUCUCCAGACUUCACUGGAAUGUGCCAUGGAGACCACGGAGGAGCAAACUCGUCAGGAAAGGAAAGGGCCCACGAAGCCGGAAGUCCUGUCAAUUCAGUGGCCUGGAAAGCGUUCAAAUCGCCGAGUUCAGAGACACAACAGCUUCUCUCCCAACAGCCCUCAGUUCACCGUCGGCGGGCCAGGCUUGCUAGAGGAAGAUAACCAAUGGAUGACCCAGAUAAACAGACUCCAGAAAUUAAUUGACAGGCUGGAAAAAAAGGAUCUCAAACUUGAACCGCUAGAAGAAGAAGUUAUUGAUGGAAAUACCAAAUCACACAUCAUGCUCGUGCAGCGUCAGAUGUCCGUGAUAGAAGAGGACUUGGAAGAAUUCCAGCUUGCUCUCAAACACUACGUGGAGAGCGCGUCCUCGCAGCGGGGCUGCCUUCGUAUUUCCACACAGAAGCUUUCGAAUGAAUCGCGCUACAUGAUUUAUGAGUUCUGGGAGAAUAGCAGUGUAUGGAAUAGCCACCUUCAGACAAAUUAUAGCAAGACAUUCCAAAGAAGUAACGUGGAUUUCUUGGAAACUCCAGAACUCAUAUCUACUAUGCUGGUUCCUGCCUCAUGGUGGAUCUUAAACAACAAUUAGAUGCUCCUACACAUUUCCCUGAUGGUUUUAAGUGCAAGAC